AUGGCCGCCAACCCGCACGCGCCGCCGCUGUACCUCAUCUCGGCGAACGACCAAGUCUACGAAAACGACAUCCUGCGCUCGCCCGGCAGCGUCAAGGCCUGGCUCGACUAUGCCCAUUUCAAGCGGCAGUAUGGCACCACGCUCGAGCAGAGCUUUGUGCUGGAGAGGGCCUGCAAUGCCUUGCCGCGGAGCUACAAGCUGUGGAAGAUGUAUCUGGAGUUGAGGGUCUCUCAUCUGAAGGGGAGGAGUCCGGCGAGGUGGAAGACCGAGUUUCAGAAGGUCAAUGCGCUGUUCGAGCGGGCUCUCGUUCUGCUGAACAAGAUGCCCAAGAUAUGGGAGAUGUACCUGUCCUUCUUGUGCCAACAACCCCUCGUAACUUUCACGCGAAGAACGUUCGACCGAGCACUACGAGCCCUGCCAGUCACCCAGCACAACCGGAUAUGGGCACUCUACAGACCCUUUGCGAAUUCUGCAGGCGGAGAGACGGCGGUCAAGGUGUGGCGGCGGUACAUUCAGAUUCAUCCGGAACACACAGAAGAUUUCAUUGAGCUGUUGGUGAAUGAGGGAAAGUACACGGAGGCGGUGCAGCGGUACAUCGAGAUUUUGAACAACCCGAAAUUCAAGAGCAAGGAAGCGAAGGGCCCAUUCCAACACUGGACUGAGAUGCUGGAAGUCCUCAUCGAUCAUGCGCGACUCGUCCCCAAUCCUGUACCUCUAUCGAAUGGAAGCACCAUAUCCGUGGAGACCAUCAUCAGAUCAGGACUGGAGAGGUUUGCCGAUCAAAGAGGAAUUCUAUGGGUUGGAUUAGCCAGAUAUUACAUCAACUUGGGGGCAUACGAGCGUGCGCGAGACAUCUUCGAGGAGGGCAUCACCAGUGUGAUGACAGUGCGAGACUUCAGCGUGGUAUUCGACACAUACGCGGAGGCUGAGGAAGCACUCAUUUCCAUCAAGCUGGAAGACUCGGCAAAACGGCAACAGAAGGGUAGAGUCGAUGAAGAUGCCGACCUGGACCUCGACAUCAGAAUGCUGCGAUUCGAACAACUCAUGGACCGGAGACCUUUCCUGGUGAACGACGUGCUACUACGGCAGAACCCCCACAACGUAGUCGAGUGGCAGAAGCGGGUGGCCUUGUGGGGCGAGAACAAAGCAAUGGUUGUGCAGACAUAUGCAGACGCGAUUGCUGCUAUCAAUCCGAAGAAAUGCGUCGGCCGCUUCCACGAACUCUGGACAAACUAUGCGAAAUUCUACGAAGCUGGCGGCGACCUCCAGAAUGCGCGAAUCAUCAUGGAGAAGGCCGUCAAGGUGCCGUACAAGUCUGUCUCUGAGCUGGCAGAGAUGUGGACGGAAUGGGCUGAGAUGGAGCUGAGGAACGAGAAUUUCGAUCAGGCAGUCAACAUCAUGGCGACAGCGACAAAAGCACCCAAACGAAGCAAUGUCGACUACUUCGACGAGACGCUUUCACCGCAGCAGAGAGUUCAUAAGAGCUGGAAAUUGUGGUCGUUCUACGUCGAUCUGGUCGAGUCAGUGUCUUCACUUGACGAGACGAAGAAGGUCUACGAGCGCAUCUUCGAGCUUCGCAUUGCCACUCCACAAACCGUCGUCAAUUACUCCAACCUGCUUGAGGAGAACGGAUACCACGAGGAGUCAUUCAAGGUCUACGAGCGAGGCCUGGAUCUUUUCUCAUACCCCGUCGCAUUCGAACUCUGGAAUCUCUACCUCACAAAAGCGGUCGAUCGUCGGAUAUCCAUCGAACGACUUCGAGACCUCUUCGAACAAGCCGUCGAAGGCUGUCCUCCACGCUUCGCCAAGACGUUGUACCUCAUGUACGGUGCCUUGGAAGAAGAGCGAGGACUGGCAAGACAUGCCAUGCGGAUAUACGAACGUGCGACGAGGGCUGUUGCAGAUGAAGAUCGAGCCGAAAUGUUCGAAUUCUACAUCACGAAGUCCGCCUCAAACUUUGGCCUGACAUCGACACGAUCAAUUUACGAGCGUGCCAUUGCCGCCCUUCCAGACAAAGAGGCAGCGAGCAUGUGCGUCAAAUUCGCAGAGAUGGAGCGCAGACUGGGAGAAAUCGACCGAGCGAGAGCAAUCUACGGCCACGCUUCACAAUUCUGCGAUCCACGAGUGGACGCAGAAUUCUGGCGAAAGUGGGAAAGCUUCGAGGUCCAACACGGCAACGAGGACACUUUCAAAGAAAUGCUGCGGAUCAAACGCUCAGUGCAAGCUCAGUUCAAUACCGACGUCAACUUCAUCGCCAGCCAGGCCGUUGCGAGACAGCAGACCGCCGUUGGUGGUUCCGCCGAACACGGGGAUGCCGAAGAAAUGGACCAAGACACGGCAGAUGCCAUGGCCGCACUGGAGCGACAGGCAAAGGCGCCUGUGGGUUUCGUCGCAGCGAGUUCCGGUCCCGAAGGCGGAAAUCGCCCUUCAGCGAAGCAGGACGCAGAGCCCGUCAAGGUUGUGAAUACGGACGAGAUCGACAUCGACGAUGAGGAUUUAUAG